AUGAAUGUUUUUGGUGGUGCUCCACGUGUGCUUGGUUACCCACGGCCAGUUCUGGUGAAAUGUGGAACAGACGCUGUGCUUAAAUGUCAGAUUGGUGGAGAUCCCCAACCAGAUGUGAUAUGGGAGCGGAAAAAUGAGUCUAUUCAUCCUGAGGGUCGUUAUCGUAUUACCCAAGAUGGCAAAGUGUACACACUUUAUAUCUCUGGAGUCACCAUGGAAGAUGCUGGACAGUAUAUUUGCAGAGCCAAGAACAAUAUUGGGGAAACAUAUGCAGCUGCUACCCUUAAAGUGCAAGAGGAGACUCAAGAGCAGCAAACACAGCCAGCCCAAGCACCCCCACCCCAACAAAAUGACGUACAAGUAAUUCCACCAGAACAAGAUAUCAAAAUGAAGAUACAACAACAGGUUGGGGUGGAAAAGAAAAAAGACCCAUUCCAAGAUAACAAGCCUUAUUUUUUGAUCAAACCACUUUCCCUGAGAGUAGAUCGUGGAGAAGAUGCUGCCUUCUCCUGCAAGAUCACAGGCGAUCCUUUGCCUCAAGUGGUUUGGGAGAAAGAUGGUAAGCAGUUAAAUGAGAUCUAUGAGAGUGCCCACUAUCAUGUGGGCCAGCAAGAUGGUGGCUGGUUCCAGUUAAAAAUUUUCAAAACAAGAACUCCAGAUGGAGGGGUUUAUAUGUGCAAAGCAGUCAACAAGCAUGGAGAAGCAAUAACUGGAGCAGUGCUCCUGGUAGAGCCCAUUCCAGAACACAGAGAGGGGAGCAUGACGAAUGGAUACACCAAUGGUCAUUAUUCACCACAACAUUCAAGGGCCAAACACUCAAAAGAACCUCACCUGAAUGUGUCAAAGGCAAAGAAAUUCACAGUCACUGAGGGCAAACAUGCCAAAUUCCGUUGUUAUGUCACAGGAAAGCCUAAGCCAGAGAUCGUAUGGAAGAGAAAUGGAGAAAUCAUUAUGCCAAGUCGAAGACAUCUCAUUUUUGAGGACAGAGAGGGAUAUUACACCUUGAAAGUACUGUACUGUAAGCAGCAGGAUACAGGACUCUACAUUUGUGCUGCAUCAAAUGCCCUGGGAAACACACUGAGUGCUGUGCAGCUGUCCGUUAAAGGGCCUCCAGUUCGAUUUAAGCGAGCUCUACAAGAUUCAGAGUUCAGAGAGAGAGAUGUGGCUGUUCUAGAAUGUGAGGUUCCAGAAGAGUCCAUUUCCACCGCAUGGUACCUGGAGGAUCAGCGGUUGCAGCAUGGAAAUAAGUAUAAUAUGGAACAGAAGGGCACAUGGAGAAGACUAACCAUACAAAAUGUUGGGGCUGAUGAUGAUGGAGUUUACCUGUGUGAGAUGCCUGAUGGUGGAAAGACAAUUGCAGAAUUGGCAGUUAAAGGUACGAUUGUGAAGAAACUUCCACGGAGGUUAGAGGUGAUGGAAGGGGAGAAUGCAGCAUUCUUUGUGGAGGUGGAACAAGACGACAUGGACAUCUGCUGGUUUAAAGAUGGACUGCAGUUGCAAGAAACUCAUCAAACCAUUAUCAAAUCUUUUGGCAAAACUCACAUCCUGGUCUUUGUCAAUACAUCAUAUCAAGAUUCUGGAACAAUCACAUUUAUGGCAGGCAGAUCAACAACGAGUUCCAAACUCAGGGUCAAAACUGCACGACACUGCCCACCCAUCUGUCCUGUUGGUGUUCAGAUGAACACUGACUGUUGUCAAAAUGGUGUCGUCCUUUCCUGGUCACCGUCGCCUAAUUUGCAAAACUCCACUACGAAGUCAGUGUAUGUGCUAGAACGCCAAGAAGUGGGCUCUCAGGAAUGGCAGCGAUGUCUAACAACAGAGACGGGUACUUCUGCUGAAGUCCUGGGUGAUAGUGUGCCUUGUGAGGGUGACUUCCGUUUCCGAAUCUGCUGUGUUAAUAAAUAUGGAAGAAGUGGGCAUGUUGAGUUCCCCAAAGUAGUACAUCUGGCCCCAGGUCCAAAGAUCAAAAGCCCUCUGAAGAAUGCUGUGGUGACUGAAGGGGAGGAUGCUGUGUUCUCCAUUGAACUCUCUUCAGAAUUGAUUGGCACAUGGUUCCUGAAUAGCCAGCAGCUGCAGCAAAGUGAACACUUCUCUAUGACUCAGUCAAAGAACCAACACAUCCUUCGCAUCCGCCAAGUGCCAAAUGUGUAUGAUGGAGCUGAAAUCACUUUUAUUGCCACUGGUGUACGAGAUUCAGCAUCCCUACAGAUUAAAGUAUGUGAGGUGACAUUUUUACCAUUGUCAGAGAUGGACACCAAAAAGAGCACUGAGUUAGGCAAUCCCAUUGUGCUUUACUGUGAGGUGUCCCAGCCCACAGCCACCGUCCAAUGGUUUAAAGACGGAAAGGAGCUACAUGCAGAGGACGGUCUAAAUAUCCAAUCAGAUGGCAACAUGAGGAGGAUCAUCAUCCAUUCAGCAGAAUACUCUCAUUCCGGAGUGUACACCUGCCAAUCAAACAAUGACAUUCUCACAUUCAAUGUGAAUGUUGAAGCACCUCCUGUGUUAUUUAAAGAAAUAAAAGCAGAAGAAAGGCAGAAAAGCGCUAUGGAGCUGGAUCCUGUGGUCCUGACUUGUGAAAUCUCUCAACCAGAAGCACCUUCCUGCUGGUUUAAAGAUGGAGUUGCUGUUUUUCAGUCAGACAACAUCACCAUUCAGUCUGAAGGCAACAUGAGAAGACUUAUAAUACGUUCAGCAGAACUAGUAGAUGCUGGGACAUAUACUUGCCAAGCAGGCGACCAAACUAUGUCAUUUUCUGUCAACAUUAAAGAACCUCCAAUUACAAUUGUGGACCCAAAAGAUGACAUACAUAUGGAGCGCUAUGUCUCUGAGGAGAUAGUCCUAAACUGUGAGCUCUCUCGAUCUAAUGGAGAGGUUCAGUGGUUUAAAGAUGGCCUAAAGCUCCAAGAGACUGACAAUAUUCGCCUCAGUGCUGAAGGGCCAUACAGGAGGGUGAUCAUUUUCUGUGCUUCCAAGCGGGACUCUGGAGAGUAUGUAUGUGACGCAGGAGGUGACUCGGUUUUCUUUCAGCUCCUUAUUACAGAGGCUCCAGUUCGCUUCGUAUCCCCUUCUGAGUCAGAGGUAGAGGUGUGCAUAAUGAGCUCUGAGAAGCUGGUCCUGAACUGUGAGAUCUCCAAAGCAGAUGCAGAAGUCUGCUGGUUUUGUGAUGGCAUGGAGGUGGAUGAGAAUGAUAACCUGAAACUGGAAGAUGAUGGGAUUUAUCGCAGGCUGGUGAUUCCCUGUACAACCAUAGAUGAUUCUGCAGAAUAUGUUUGUGAGACAGCAGAUGACGCUGUCACAUUUUGGGUAAAAAUAGAAGAGCCUCCUGUGAAACUUUCCUCCUCCAAGCAGUCAGGCAGCAUUACUGAGAGUUUUGCAGGUGACCCUGUUAUUCUAGAGCUUGAGGUUUCCCGUGAAAAUGCAGAGGUAUGCUGGAUGAAAGAUGGCAUGAAAGUAGAAGAGAGCAGUAACAUUACAAUUACAGAGAACGGCCUUACACGCAAGAUAACCAUCCAUUGCCCAACUCUAAAGGAUUCUGGCAUAUACACCUGCAAUGCCAUUGAUGACACAAUGGAUUUUAAAGUCAAAAUUACUGAGGCACCAGUAACAAUCCUGAAUAAAGAUCAGAUCAAGAAUGAGCACAAAGUUAUGUUAUAUGAUGAUGUUGUAAUGGAGUGUGAGCUGUCUUCAGCCAAUGGUGUGGUCACUUGGUAUAAAAAUGGCAGUCCAAUUGAAGAGAACGAGCGCUUCUGUUUGGAGGAGGAAGGCACAUUUCGAUCCCUGGUCAUUCUCUGUGCGGAGCUGCAGGACUCUGGAGAAUAUACGCUUGAUGCUAAAAAUGAUACAUUUUCAUUUCAUGUCACAGUACAAGAGCCAUCAGUGAAGAUCAUUGGCAAUUCUGGUGAUCCUGACUACCAGGAGAUGGUGACAGGAGAUGAUCUCAUCUUAGCCUGUGAGGUUUCCCGAGCCAAUGCACCAGUGAAGUGGCUAUUUAAUGAAAAAGUGUUGAUCCCCGAUGAGCGCACACAUAUUGAAAGCCAAGGAACACUCCGGAAACUUACUAUAUCUAACAUCCUCGUUUCUGACUCUGGAAAAUACAUGUGUGAUGCUGUAGAUGACAAGAUGCUAACUGUUGUUAAAGUUCAAGUACCUCGUGUGGUGGAAUUUCUCACAGAGCUUCACAAUACUACAGUUAUGGAGGGUGAGGAUGCUACGUUUAAGUGUGUGGUCUCUCCUGAUGAUGUUCAGUUGGUCUGGCUCAUGGAUGGAGAGCCAAUUAAACCCAGUGAUCGCUUCCAGAUUGAACAAAACAGCCUCUGCCACACUCUGAUUAUCCACAAGGUCCAGCUGCUGGACUCCUCUCGAAUCACUGCCGAAGCCGAAGGUCUCAUUUCUAAAGCUAGUCUUAAGGUCCAGGAGGCACAGGUCUUGUUUACAAAGAGAAUGGAGGCAGUGAUGGCUGAGGAGUUUGGAGAGGCUACAUUAGAGACAGAAGUGAGUCUGGAGUCUGGAGAGGUGCAGUGGAUGAGACAGGGGGUAGUGAUCCAGCCGGGACCCAAACAUAAACUCUCUCAGAAUGGCUGUAAACGCAUCUUGACCAUUACUAAUCUCAGCCUGUCCGAUCGAGGCACCUAUCGAUGUGAGACCCUCCAUGACCGCACACAGGUCAAACUCAAUGUGGAGCCGAGAAAGAUUGCCAUACGCAAAGGGAUGAUGGACGUUGAGACAUUUGAGAGAGAGACAGCGUCCUUCGAGGUGGAACUUUCUCACACUGAUGUGGAGGGUGUGUGGCAGAAAGAUGGUCUGCGUAUCAAACCAAAUAAUAACUGGCGUGUUAGUUCCAAUGGACGAGUACAUGGCCUCACACUCUCCAACCUCACAAUGGAGGAUACGGGAAGCAUUGUCUUUUCUGCAGAGGGACUGAGAAAUACUGCCAGACUGGUAGUCAAAGAAACACCAGUAGCAAUCUUUAAGAAGUUGUCUGAUGUCAGAAUUGAGGAGGAAUCUUCAGUCGUUUUGGAGUGCGAGUUGUCUAGGCCAAAUGUGGAUGUCAGAUGGCAAAAGAAUGGGAUAGAGCUCAAAUCCAGUAAGACUUUAAGGAUUUAUUCUAUGGGACGCAAGCGCUGUUUGCAGAUCAUGGAAUGCAGCAUCAGUGACUCAGGUCUUUAUACUUGUGAAAUAGGUGACCUCAGCACUUCCUGCAAACUUGAGGUCUACGAACAUGAAUUAGAACUCAUAACUGGCUUGGAGGAUCUUUGGAUUAAGGAAGACCAGAAUGCUGUCUUUAUGUGUGAACUUUCCAUGGAAGAUAUGCCUGGUGAAUGGUACAAAAAUGGCAGCAGGAUACGCCCCACUUCCACUAUCAAAACUCGUACUGAGGGCACAAAGCACUUCCUGCUUAUAUGCAAUGUAAAAGCAGAAGAUUCUGGAGAAAUCAAGUUUGUUUCCAAACAAGUGGAGUCAGUUGCCUGCCUUGAGGUUGAAGAGCUUCCUGUAAGCAUUGUCCGUCCCCUGAGAGAUCGUACAGCACUGGAAAAACACAGAGUUAUUCUAGAAUGCACUGUAUCAUCCCCAAAUUGUGAUGUUACCUGGUACAGAGAGAAUGAAGAGCUGGAAUCCACAGAGCAUAUGGAAAUAAUACAAGAAGGCUGUUAUCACAAACUCGUCAUCCAGCAGGUUGCACUGGAGGAUGAAGGAACUUACAGUAUUGAGGUUGGGGAGCAUACAUCCAUAGCCAAGCUGAUGGUGGAAGCCCAGUCUAUCCUAGUGGUGAAGAAUAUAGAGGAUGUGGAAGUGAGAGCUCCUGAAACAGCCUUCUUCCUGUGUGAGGUGUCAGUGGCACUCAUCAAGCCUCCUGUCUGGACUUUGAAUGGGGAGACUCUGCAGUCGGGGCCCAAUGUUCGAAUAGAUAACCAAGGAACUGUACACAAACUGACAUUCAAAACAACAAGUUCUGAUAUGAGUGGGACAGUCAAGUUUACCACAGGGAAAGCCAAGACUACUGCCAAACUGACAGUGCUGUAGAAAAUUAUCAUGAUUAUCGCAUAAAGGUGGAUUAAAUUACAAUAUAAAUGGUGUGUGGUCGUAUCUAGAGUUUAACUGUAUAUAAGUUCAAUAUAUGAGCAAUAUCAUAAUCAUAACAGUGCAAUAUGGCUGUAUAUCGGCGCUGGUGGGAGGCCUGCAUUGGCUCGAGGCCACAGGCCGUGUUCCUUAGAGUCCCACCAGUGACAAUAUACAGCCAUAUCGCACUGCUACGAGUGUGAUGUUGCGUUUAUUCAACAGUUUGAAAGCAUAAAUGUGUAUAAAAAAUCAAAUAAAACAUGAACAGUCUCAAAAA